AUGAUGCAUCAAUUGCGACUGCCUGUUCAGGCUUAUCGGAGACUGUCAUCUUUUGAACCGCGCCUCUCGCUAUUGGUUGCGAAUCUUUCCUGUCGGUCGUACUCGCAGACACCAAACCUCGCGUCAAAGCCACUUCCACCCCGUCUGAAGAUCAACGAUGCCGACCUGACCAUUUCCUACUUGAAGGGUACUGGUCCCGGUGGACAGAAAAUUAACAAAACCAACUCGGCCGUCCAGAUUAGUCACGCACCCUCGGGAAUCGUAGUGAAAUGUCAGGCGACACGUUCGCGCUCUCAAAAUGAGAAGAUCGCUCGCUCGCUUCUCGCAGACAAAGUGGAGUCACAGGAAAAGGGCGACCAGAGUCGCGUUGCGUUGAAGGCAGCGGCGGCGCGAAAGAAGAAAGCGAGCAAGCUGAAGAAGGCAAGAAGGAAAUACCGUCAACUUGAAGAGAAUGAGAACGGAAUCGAGGACACCGAAGGAGAACAUGCUAGUGAUGAAGAUGGCCUCGAACAGGACAUCGAGGAUGCACCUUCGCACGGAGAGACAAAUAUCAAUGCCCCAUCUCCGACAAAUUCAACCACCAAGUACACUGACACUGGUUCUGGAGGCCAAAAUGCACCUUGA